AUGCUGCUGGUGCAGUUGCUGAGAGGUCCAGUGAGGCAUGCUGGGAGCAGGCCCCAGCGCAGUGUGGAGCAACUGAUCUCGGCAGUAUGUGGCGUCAGCUCAUCUUCACGGCAGUUAUCAGCGUCUGUGAGAACUCAGAGUCCAUCCUGCACUGACACGGACCACCCCACAGUCCUCAUCACUGGAGGACUUGGACAGCUGGGGGUGGGACUUGCCAAGUUGCUAAGGAGACGAUUUGGUAAAAACAACGUGAUCCUGUCUGACAUCCGGAAACCUCCCAACCAUGUUUACCAUAACGGCCCGUUCAUCUUCUCAGACAUCCUGGACUAUAAGAACCUCAGGGAGAUUGUGGUCAACAACAACAUCAGCUGGCUGGUGCAUUACUCGGCUGUGCUGUCUGCUGUAGGAGAGAACAAUGUCGCUCUGGCCAAAGAAGUCAACAUCACAGGUCUCCAUAACAUAUUAGACAUUGCAACCGAACAUGGUCUGCGUCUGUUUGUCCCCAGCACUAUCGGUGCCUUUGGUCCGUCCUCGCCCAGGGACCCUACUCCUGAGCUGUGUGUGCAGAGACCACGCACCAUCUACGGUGUCUCCAAGGUCCACGCAGAGCUGAUGGGUGAGUACUACCACCACAGGUAUGGGCUGGAUUUCCGCUGUCUCAGGUAUCCGGGCAUCAUCUCAGCUGACUCUCAGCCUGGAGGAGGAACCACAGACUAUGCCGUGCAGAUCUUUCAUUCAGCUGUGAAGACCGGUCAUUUCGAGUGCAACCUGCGCAGCGAUACACGGCUUCCAAUGAUGUAUAUAGAUGACUGUCUCAGAGCUACUCUGGAGUUCCUGGAGGUUCCAGCAGACACACUAGUCAACCGCACCUAUAACAUCAACGCCAUGAGUUUCACACCACAUGACCUCACCCAGGAGAUACAGAAAAUCCUGCCUGACCUCAAGGUCACCUACAAUUUGGAUCCUGUCAGACAGGCUAUAGCGGACGGCUGGCCAAUGGCAUUAGAGGACAGCGCAGCGAGGCGGGACUGGGGCUGGAAGCACGAGUACGACCUCCCAGAGCUGGUGCAGACCAUGCUCACCCACAUCACCACAGCCAACCAGCUGGCACAAGCCUACUGAGCCUUUC